CAGAAAACCUUCCGUAUCAGGACAGCGGUGGACAACACUCCAAGUUGUAGCCUUACGAUUGAAGAUUCCACGCAGUUUGCUCCGAGUGACUUUGUCCUACUACUACUAUUACGCGCCCUGGUUUGGCUUGACGAGGAGGUAACUUGAAGAGAGGGAGCCCGAGGGCGGAGGAGAGGUUUGGUUGGGUUUGAUCGCCGUGCGACGUUGACAUUCACGUUUACCUUGCGGCCGGGCGGGCGCAUUUGCAUUUGCAGAUUCUCGCCGUAUGCACCCAAUCCUCCAGCACGGAGAGACCAGAGUACCGCAAUACCUGCUACGACUACGAUACGGAGUACUUGACAUCUACACCGCCACCGCCGCGGCAAGGCGUUUCACGGGAGUCGUCGGCCCUAAUCCUCCUCAUGCCAGUUCACCGUCGUUGAACUCGAGGCCAGUUCAAACUGCGGCCAUGACUACUGGUACCGCCGCGGCACCGGCACCGUCGCCGGCUUUAACAUUUGACCUCGAGGCUCGAUGUUCGACAUCCAAAGCCCGAGCCUCGACCCUCCAUCUCCCCCAUGGAUCCGUCGAUCUGCCCAUGUUCAUGCCGGUGGCGACGCAAGCGUCAUUAAAGGGGUUGACGCCCGAACAGUUGGAAGAGACGGGAUGUAAAUUGUGUCUGAACAAUACGUAUCAUUUGGGCCUGAAGCCGGGCCAGGCCGUGCUGGAUACGAUUGGGGGUGCGCAUAAACUCCAGGGGUGGAAGGGGAAUAUUUUGACUGAUAGUGGUGGGUUCCAAAUGGUCUCCCUACUGAAACUCGCCAAAGUCACGGAAGAAGGAGUGCGGUUCUUGAGUCCGCAUGAUGGAAGUCCAAUGCUCCUCACCCCCGAACAUUCCAUGUCCCUCCAAAACUCCAUCGGCUCCGACAUCAUGAUGCAACUGGACGAUGUCAUCCAGACCACAUCCCCGGACCAUGCUCGCAUGAAAGAAGCCAUGGAACGCUCCAUCCGCUGGCUGGACCGGUGUAUAUCCGCGCACAAGUACCCAGACAGACAGAAUUUGUUUUGUAUCAUUCAGGGCGGGUUGGAUCUGGAAAUGCGUCGGCAGUGCUGUGCGGAGAUGGUGAAGAGGGAUACGCCAGGGAUUGCGAUCGGUGGGCUCUCGGGUGGAGAGGCGAAGGAGGAUUUUUGCAAAGUAGUCGAUACGUGUACGGAUUUGUUACCGGAACGGAAACCACGAUAUGUUAUGGGAAUAGGCUAUCCCGAGGAUAUUGUCGUUGCCGUAGCUCUUGGAGCCGACAUGUUUGAUUGUGUCUGGCCCACUAGGACAGCGCGCUUCGGCAACGCAAUCACCACCCACGGCGUCCUCAACAUCAAACACGCCCGCUACGAAAAGGAUUUCGGUCCCGUCGAACCCGGCUGCACAUGCACAUGCUGCCGAUCCAAAGAAGAAGGCGGGCUGGGAAUCACGAGGGCGUAUAUUCAUCAUAUUGCGGCCAAGGAGACUGUCGGGGCACAUUUAUUAUCAAUCCACAAUGUCCAUCAUUUGCUCUCCUUAAUGAAGAGAGCCAGACAGGCGAUUCUGAAUGAUCGAUAUCCGGAGUUUGCGAGGGAUUUCUUUGCGAGGUAUUUCGAGGGAAAGGGGGCGCCGAGGUGGGCUGUUGAUGCGCUCAAGAAAGUGGGGAUUGAGAUUUGACGGCUUGGACUUUGAGCUUGGGGUUUGACGCCAGCCCUUUGCUGUGACGCGCUUCGCGUGGUGAGCGAGCGGUUGAAGGAAGGUAAUACAUGUAUAUGGAUGGUUGAAGUCGUUAUUGUCUGUCAGUCUGUCACUAAGGUAAUCAAGGUGGCUGACUGAAGGUGUGGUGGUGAGACCCGGAUCAGGAGGUCCAGUGGGGAUUUGUGGAGUGAGAAGAAUGAUGAGAACUGCCUGAAAAUCAAAGAAGAAGUUUGGAAUUUUUAGGGGAAAAAAUCAAGAAGAUGUCGAAGAGUGAAGACUAGGUCGGGUCUAUAUUCGUCCUCUAGUACUCGAUCUAUCGUAGCUAUCUACAGACAUCCUGGGAGUUCGAGCUCGAUAUAUCUGUAUCUCCGGUGUACUACUGAGGUAGAUGGUAUAUACUACCUCCGAAUGUCAUGUCUCGCCCAAAA